AUGACCUUGUGGAAUGGCAAAUUUAUCCAGCCUCCUUCUUCUGUGUGCAGUCAUAAAUGCUUACCUGGAUUCCAGAAGAUGCCUUUGAAGGACAAACCAAAAUGUUGCUUCCGGUGCAUUGAAUGCCCUAAAGGAACAAUCUCCAAUCAGUCAGAUAUGGAUUCAUGUAUGAAAUGCAAAGAGGACUUCUAUCCAAACAAACAAAGAAAGAAGUGUAUCCCAAAGCACAUCAUCUUUCUAUCCUAUGCAGAACCUUUGGGAAUAGCUUCAGCUUCCCUUGCUCUCUAUUUCUCUUUCCUUUCUGCCCUGGUACUAGGAAUCUUUAUUAAGCACAGGGAUUCUCCCAUCAUCAAAGCCAACAACCGGCACCUCAGCUAUAUCCUCCUCUCUUCCCUCAUACUCUGUUUCCUCUGUUCCUUGCUCUUCAUCGGCCGACCAAGGAAAAUGACCUGCAUUCUUCGACAGACAGCCUUUGGGAUCAUUUUCUCUGUCUCUCUUGCUACAGUCUUGGCCAAAACCAUCACCGUGAUUCUAGCCUUCAAGGCCACAAAGCCAGGCAGCGGUGCACAGAAAUGGCUGAGACCCAAAUUUUCAUACCUCUUUGUGAUGGUCUGUUUCCUCAUUCAGGCUGUGAUUUGUAUGGUCUGGUUGGGAACCUCCCCUCCAGUCCCAGGUGCUGAUUUGUAUUCAGAGCCUGGGCACAUCAUCCUGGAAUGCAAUGAAGGCUCACCCAUUGCUUUCUAUUCCAUUCUGGGGUACUUGGGUGUCUUGGCUUUGGUCAGCUUCAUUGUGGCUUUUCUUGCCAGGAAUCUGCCUGAUGUCUUCAAUGAAGCCAAAUUCAUCACUUUCAGCAUGUUGGUUUUCUGUGUGGUCUGGAUAUCCUUCAUCCCAGCCUACCUCAGUACCAAAGGGAAAUAUAUUAUGGCUGUGGAGAUCUUCUCUAUUUUGGCAUCCAGUGCUGGGUUACUUGGCUGUAUCUUUUUACCUAAGUGUUAUGUCAUUCUUCUCUAAAACAAUUCCAUCGAGAUAUUUAAAGACAAGAUACAUAAAUCAAAGACAGGCAAAACUAUGCCUCACAAGACCAGGACACAGGAACAGCCUGGAAACUUGAAUACAUGA